GUGUACUGUUUAUCAGUUUGUCAACUGCAGUUGUGUUUGUGUUGUUGAUUUUGGCGCUAAAAUACGUUAUUCAAAGAUUUUAAUCUUAUCGAUUCAGCAUUUCUGGCAUCGAAGUUAAGCAGCAGCAACAAAAUGGGCGGAAAGUCAAAGGCAUACCGGGACCGUCAGAAGAUGCUGUACCAGCAACAGCUGGCCCGGGAAGCACCGUUGAUCAAGGUCCUCGAGGAGAGCCACAACUUCACUCCGAAGGAAAUCAAAAGAGUCAAGACCCGAUGCCCGGAGCUGGUCAAGCUGGCCGACUGCCCCGUUCCGAUUCCGGUCCGUUUUUCGUUGCCAAACUAUCCGCACGAAUGGAUGUGGAUGGACUCGCAGCUGGCGAAGGUUCGCGAUUACGUGAACGAUUGCGGCGAGCAGCAGCUGGGCAAACGUCCCCUGGACGUGUUCCUUAUCGCUGGUUACGUGAUGGUGCUCGCGGAGAACGAUGAUUAUGCCGCGUUCGUACGCGGUCUGUUUCCGGGACUGAAGGAAAUCGGGAUGGACGGCAAGGAGCCUACCAUGAAGGAUGUCGAGGACUUUUACGGAGCGUACCGUUUUCUGCCGCAGAAGAAUCCUCCGUACGUGCCGCAUAAGGCGCGCAAGCUCCGGCAGCUACAGCAGAAGCAGCUGCAGCAGCAGGCAUCGGCACUGAAAUAGGAUACAGAAACGAAAAAAGAACAUUGACGUGAAAUGCUUAGCAUUCCAUAUUUGACUUGGUGAUUAAACAUGUAUGAACUAGACAUGAAAAGAAACACGAUUCUACAUGUUCUUAAAAUCACAUCUCAAAAAGCAUUAAGAUAUGCUUUUAAUGUAAGAAUUUGAUACAAAUAAAAAA